AUAAAACAACAUCUUCUCCUUAACACCUAUCUUCAAUUGAUUUUUUAAAGAUGAAAAUUGAUAUCCACAGUCAUAUUUUGCCUAAAGAAUGGCCUGACCUGAAAAAGAGAUAUGGCUACGGAGGAUGGGUGCAGCUCCAUCACGACAGUAAGGGAGAAGCCAAAAUGAUGAAAGAUGGAAGGCUCUUUCGAAUUGUCCAAGAAAAUUGCUGGGAUCCAGUAGUUCGUAUUAGAGAAAUGGAUCAAACAGGAGUAACUGUCCAAGCUCUUUCUACAGUCCCUGUUAUGUUUAGCUACUGGGCCAAACCUCAUGAUACCUUAGACCUGUGCCAGAUUUUAAAUAACGACUUAGCUACAACUGUUGCAAAGUACCCAAAGAGAUUUGUUGGCUUGGGAACGUUGCCAAUGCAGGCUCCAGACCUGGCAGUGAAAGAGAUGCAUCGGUGUGUGAAGGAGCUGGGUUUUCCUGGAAUACAGAUUGGAUCCCACAUCAAUGAGUGGGACCUGAAUUCCAAGGAGCUCUUCCCUGUCUAUGCUGCUGCAGAACAGCUGAACUGCUCCUUAUUUGUACACCCCUGGGACAUGCAAAUGGAUGGACGAAUGGCCAAGUAUUGGCUCCCGUGGCUAGUGGGCAUGCCAGCAGAAACUACCAUAGCCAUUUGUUCCAUGAUUAUGGGAGGAGUCUUUAAGAAGUUUCCUAAACUUAAAGUGUGCUUUGCACAUGGAGAAGCUUUCUUUGUAGGUGGUGCUUUUCCAUUUACAGUGGGUAGAAUAUCUCACGGAUUCAAUGCGCGCCCUGAUCUGUGUGCCCAAGACAACCCAAUUGACCCAAGGAAAUACCUCGGAGCUUUUUAUACAGAUUCCCUGGUUCAUGAUCCUCUGGCCCUGAAGCUGCUGACAGAAGUUAUAGGGAAGGAUAAAGUUCUUUUAGGGACUGAUUAUCCUUUUCCCCUGGGAGAUCUUGAAGGUGGAAAACUGAUAGAGUCUAUGGAAGAAUUUGAUGAUGAAACAAAGGAUAAACUCAAAGCUGGCAAUGCUUUGGCAUUUUUAGGUCUUGAGAAAAAACAAUUUGAAUGAUUGAAUUUACUACUGAGGAAAACUUUAGGAGGAAAUCCUAUUUUUCUCUGCUUCUUUAUGUAUCAGGUAUAUGUUGCUAUAAAUUCUAUUGUGUACUCUAUUUCCAGAAAUAGAACAUUUAUAAAAAAUCAAUUAUUCAUGAUUAAAAUUAUUUAUCACUUUC